AACAAUAUGUGUGAGUGAACAAAUCCACAAGGGCCGUGACGAGGAUUCGAACCUGCGUCCGAGAGCAUCCCAGACGCUGCCUUAAUCGACUGAUCUAUGACAUGGUCAAAAAAAAGGUUUAAACCGAAGUUCUACUGAAAUUACUGUGUAAUAUGUGGACAAUGGAGGUGACAAGAGUUGGUUUGGUGGCCGUGCUACUGGCAUUAUCGGUGAGUGCUCAACCCACCGAUGAAGGCCAGCUGCAAAACAUUGAUACCUCCAAUGUGAAUGGAAAUUUUUCAAGUAAUGACAAAUUAAAUGGUAGACCUGAACAAGUGUUAAAUGUACAUUCUACAGGAUUACGGGAAUAUGAGGACCAUGCUGAAAUGAAUAUGCAGUUGAGUGACUUAUCAAAGGUCCAAGAGGAGACGACGUUACCAGCAGAAAGAGAGGAAGAAAAGAAACAAGAACAAGACGUCGUGACAACGGAAGUACCAGAGCCUCUGCCGGCACCUCUACCCAUUAAAAAUGAAGGAACUGACAGAGAUAUAGCAGAGAGUAAUGUUGAAGACUUAAUAUUGAAGAUCAGUAAUAAGACUUCAUCUAUUGUUCCAAGGAAAGAAGCCAUUUUCACAAAACCUUCAGUUGUACCUAAGAAAGGGGUAGGUGAAGAAAAGCCUAUAACUGUAAUUAAUACAAGUGAUAAACCAAAUACCUUUACUCCAUCUGUAUUUGCAAGGAAAGGUGCUGAUCCAAUGGAGCAAAAUUCUUCUGUAUCUGUACGGAUAGAGGCAGACCCUAAAUCUUUAUUAUCAAAUAAUUAUAAAUUAAACUCUAAUGCUAGUUCAAGUAAAGCUUCUGGUCGUAACAUGUUGGAUCUUCAGUCUGUAUCGAAGAAUAUUGGGAAAAGUAGUGGAAAAUUCAAAGAUAAUCUUGGUGAUGAAGAAGUGCAUGGGAAACAAAGCGAUUCAUUUUUCUCGCAAUCCUCUGUCCCUAUCAGUGAGCAAGGUAAUAAGUUGGCCAUUAUGCCUAUCAACACCACUAAAUUAUCAGAUAGUGCUCCGCAGCCAAUGGUGUUAAACGCGGACACAACCACUAUUGUACCUACAAAUUUAGAAAACCUUAUAAAUGAGUCUUCUGUAGAAAUCCAUUCCAAACCAUCCAUUACGACUGAUGAUCUCGAUGCAGCCAGUGCAGAUCCUGACAGCGACAGUGUCAACUUUGGAGUGGUGAUAUUAGGACUUUCUUUGUUUGUAGCUCUUGCAGUGAUUGUGGUUUUGAUUUAUAGGAAGGUCAAAGAUAUCUGGAUGAGGAGGCACUAUGCACAUGUGAAUUUCCUUGUUGAUGGAAUGUAUGACAUGUGAAAGACUAACGAAUGAUUUUUGUGUUUUUAUUGAAAUAGUACAGGACAUUACUGGAUUUGUAAAGUAACUCCCCAAAAAUAUGCAUUUUAGAGAACUAGCAAGUUAGAAGUUUAUCUAUUUUGCAUCAAUGUUUGAGGACACAAUACAGUAAGUAGUGUACUGAGCAUUUAUUAUUGUUCAUAUGUUUGAAAUUGCUCGUCUUUAAGACUUGCCUGGUAUUUUACGCUGUAAAGCUACUGAUACAUAUAAGUGGAUCUUGAUUUUCCUACAUACAUUUGUCAAUUUUUUUUUUAGAAGGUAUUAAAUUGCAUUUAUUGUUAGGUACAUAAUAAAUUCAUAUUUUUUUACAUUGUUUACAUAGUGUGGUACAUUUAAGGUAUUGAUGGGCAGGCCAAGUAACAGUGAGAGCACUGCUUGGUUGCUUGGUGAACCAUUCGAUGCCAAGUAGCACUUGGAAGGGCUUUUGAGUGUGUGUAAUAUAUAUGAAUAGGCCUUCUAGACAUCAUUCUGGGCUGGAUUGAGUAUCCUUUAGUGUCCCCUAACUAUAGUGUGAGCUGACAGGGACAUUUAAAAGAUCUCCCUGCUGUGUGGUGCAGAAUGUAGGCCUACACUGUGCGUAGUGCUGCUCGUUGGAACAGUGGGACCGACUUUACCGUAUAUGAGCACCCGAGUGAUAUAACUCUGAGUCAAAUUGGUAGGUUCUUAAUUAUUGUGAAUAUUUUUCUAAGUUUUCUUAUGUGAGAAUAAUGUAAUGUCUGUACUGUAUUUUUAUUUUCUUCUAAUUGUAGUUAAUAUCUUACAAGUAGAUUUAAUGAAAAAAAUAAUUAAGAGCUCAUUUAAGAUUGACGUAUAUCAAUUAUUUAAAACCAUAUUUUCUUCUUACAGUAUUUAUAUUUCCCGAGAAGAUGCUUCUCCAGAAAUAUAUAUUUUUUCCCUUAACACAGUUCAGCUUUUGAUGCAUUCCUUGCAUGUGCUUAUUGCUUUUUAAAUAUACACUUGCCAUUCCACUUUCCGACUAGAACUCGAUUAAACUUAAUAAAACUAAUAUGUUUAAAUUUUCAGCCAUUAAGCCCCCCACAUAACACAAAUUUUAUGUCAAUAAUUACGUCACAAUACAGGUUCAUAAAAUACUAUAAAUUAGACAUUGCAGCAUUAUUCAGGUACACAUGGCACAAUGAAUAAUAUUGUGCAUACAUACUGCGAUUAGGAUACACACCAUAUGUUCCUUCAUGUACUAUCUUGUAAUUAUAUCUAGUUAGUUUUGAGGAACACUUAAGUCUUUUGAAUUCCAGUUUUCUUGGUAGCAUUCGCUAAAAUAUCCGAGAGUUAAUUGUUUUAAACCAUGUCUUUUUAAUUCCUAAUAAAUCUGUGUAUAUGCUGAAAAUAAUUCAUUGUAUCCAAGCACUGAAAUCUGUGCUCUUCUAUUUUCCUGUGAACUUUAAAAUUGUUUAAAGUAUUUGUGUGUUGCCUUCAUGCUUGGUAUAGGAGUGUUAUUCUUCUCCUACUCCUACAAGUCCUACAAGAUGCUCUCUAUAUUUUCUGCCACUAUAUUAAUAAUCUCAACAUUAAUCAGGCUUGGUGUAGUUGGGGCAUUUUAUCAGACUCAAGCCAUACAUCUAUUGGUUCCUCAAGAUUGCUAUCAGUUCUUUUAACUUCACUCUAAUUGACUCUCUUUCUCCUCCACAAGGGGGCAGGUUAGGUACUCUCAGAUAAGUAAUAUGUGUGCGCGGGGAAGUUGAUGCCAGGUGGCACUGCAUACGCCAUCAAACUAGUGGCCACGUCAGAUGCCGUCCACAUUGCUUUAUUGUAAAGGUGAAGUUCAGGACUCCCGAUGUGGACUGUAGGAGUGUCAGUGCUGCUUAUAUUGUAGUGCAAUAUGUUUUAUGCUCUAUUUACAUUAGAAUAUAUCUUUCAAGAGAUACAUUUCAACAGUCUUUUAAAAGAACUUGAAGGUCUUAGGCUUGUAUAGCAGGUAUGACAUUUAUGUAUAUGUUUAAUACACAUUCAGUACAGUAUACUGAAGUUACAAAGGCAGUUGUCUGUGAUUUGAUGUUUAGAAGAAACUGACCUUCAUGUGUAUUUUAGACACAUUUAGGAGCAACUGUGGCAUUUGUGAUAUAUUUAGAAGCAGCUAUUGGAUUUUUUUUAUUAAUUUUGAUAUAUAAAGGAACAAGUAUAGUUUUUAUAUGGAGGAGGAGCAACUAUGUACUGGUUUUUAUGCGUUUUGAAACAUGGAGGAACAAAUAUGGUUUUCUAGAAGGGGUCCCCUUGGUGCAUCCCGGAAUUAAGCGCCGGUCCAUCCAAGCCUUACGGAAAUACAUUAGGCCUCUGAAACUCACCCUUGCCUACUGGGAUGCAGGACCAGAAUCUGGCGGUGACAAUGUUUUGGGUUUAGAGUGCUUCUGGACUUCAUCGCAACGUGACCCAGGGUUGUCCUUUUGUUAUUUCCUCGUUAGGAUCAGUCCUGGCUGUCUUUUCUGAUUUGUCUUUUGGUUGCUUCUCUCUCACAAUGGCUGGCUACUUCUGCAAAAUGUUCUAUGGUGAGAUAGCAUCAAGGGUCACUGAACUUUCCUAUGAUAGUUGGCAGGUUGUCUUCUAAUAUAGCUUGUGAAUGGCUUUGCUGGCUGAUUUGAGACCCUGGGUUGCAUAGGCUAUUGUCUGGUGAUGGGCGAGCAUACAUAGGUGGUGAUUUUUCUGCGGUAAUGAGUAUUUCCAUUGUUUUUGUCAGUGUUAAGAAUUUCUGGAAGCAGUUGCUUAUUUUGGAGCAUACUGGUUUUUGGUAGAUCAAAACAUAUGGAGCAGAGAUCACUGUGGUGACCUCUGCUCCUUAUGCUUCCCUUUGCCUUCUCAAGUGGGAUAAAUUAUGGUCCUGGAUCCUGGUAGGUGCUUGUGCAUCACAGAGUUCUGGCAAGUCCCUCAAGGUUAGUUACUUUCGGGCUGUAGAAUCGGCAUGCUGCUGAGUGUUCCACCAGAAAGAUGUGUCUCAUAACAUUCAGAGCUAGGCAUUUGAAGGAACAAUAAGGAAAUGCCUCUAUAUGUACAGUUUCACUGAGCUAAGAAUAAGAAUAAUUAGUUUUAUUAUAUUUUGAUUAUCACUGGUAGUGUUAAGUGGGUUUUGAACCCUUGUAAAUUUGCUGUGACUCGUUAGAGGUCACUUGCAUGUCUUCCUAGAGCACCUCGUGUUUACAACUAGGGUUAACAGUGUCCACAGUGUGUGAGCUUUCUUGAUAUAUAAUAUCUUGGAGCAGUUAAGGCCUUAUAAGUGUGAAAGAGUUAGGAAUCAUAAAUUUGUGGUGCUAAUCAGUGUAUCAAUAAUUCAUCCCAGUGUUGUGAUGUAUUCUAAUGUAGGUGAAAAGAUUAUAUUUUAUACAUUUUGUAUUCCACUUUAUAUUCGAAAUAUAUAAUCAGAUUUUACAUAUCAUUUAUAAUCAUUGUUUUUUGUUUCAAAUAAAAGCAUAAAAUAA